GAGGUUUUCAAGCCUCGGUUACAGUGCUCUUCACUUAGAUCCUUUGACAAAAAAGUGAAAGAAUAAGUACUCCUCGAAGAAACAAAGGAAAAGCAGCAAAAAGGGGAGAGAGGUGAUCGUCCUUGACACCCAAAUCAUUUAACCCCACCGAUUUUACUCUCUUUCUCUUCCCUUUUCCAUUAGCAUACAGAGAGACCCAACAAAAUUGUACACUAGUGAGAAAAAGCUUAAUAGUAGCAACCAACCCCCACCACCUUUUAUCGUCUCUUAGAAGACAAACUUCUUCCUUUCUCUCUCUGUCUUCUCUUUCUCUUUGCAAAAGCUAAAGGGAUCCCAAUGUAUCUAUCUAGCAUCACCAACAAGUGAUAUUACUUGAGCUUAAAGACUCAAAUCAUUAUUAUCUAUCAUGACCCAGUUGCACAUGGUUACCUUUGAGAAGGGUUGAUAGGAUAAAAAGGGUCCAAAAUGGAUGUGAGUAGGAGAAGAGCUGGGGUUAAAACUAGUGUAGUAGCAGGUUCUGUGUGGGAGAACAGAAUGAAACUUGAUGAAGUUAAAGGUGGAAUUAAGGUUUUUAAUGGAGAAGAGAAUGUUGAAGAGAGUAGAAGUAGUAAUGGAGAUGUUGGAAAAAAGAUGGUAAAGAGAGGACAGACUGGUACAAGUGCUAGUGUGGCUAUGAGUGGCAAGAGAAAGACUUGGAAAUCUGAGAGCUUAGAUGGUCCAAUUCAGAUUGCAAAGGGAAAAAAUACUGAACAGCCCUGUAAAGAAUUGAGUGUUUCGGUUGAUGGAAUCAAGAAAAAUCCAGUUCAGGCAAGAAAGGGAAGAUCUGAAGGGAGUAGUAACAAGGAGCUUAGCUUGUCAGUUGAUGGUAUUGAUAAAAGCUCAAUUCAGGUCAAGAAAGGAAGUAAAGAGCUUGAUGGGAUUGUAAGAAGCCCAAUUCAGGUCAAGAAAGGAAGAUCUGAACCAAAUAAAGAGGUCGGUGUUUCUGUUGAUGGAAAUGAGAAAGGCCCGAGGCAGAUAAGGAAGCAAAGAUCUGAUAUAAAAGAGGUUGUUGAAUAUGAUGUAGAAUUGAGGAAAGUAAAAUCUGAUUCUGUUAAGGUUGCAGAGCAGUCUGAAAUAGGUAAAGAUCCUGUACUUGACGGUGGGGUUGAAAGGAAUUCAGCUCCGUUAAGGAUGGCGAAGUCAGAAGCUGACAAGGUACUGGAUGAAUCUGUUAAUGGAAUUGAGAAGAGCCCACCUGAAAUUGAGGAGACUGGAUCUGAGGAAACUUGUAAAGAGUCUGGUGUGUGCCAGGAAAAGGUCAUUUCUAUCAGUGAAACCAAUGAGUCAGUAGAGAAACCACCUCCCAAGCUUUUGGUAGAUAAUCCUCCUCCUCAUGAUGAUGACGCUGAUGUUGUUAUUGAUGGUGAUGAAGAUAUUGAGGGAGAUGAAGAUGAGGAAGAAAUUGAGAUUCAGAUUGAAAAGAAAAGCUUAGAUAUCAAGGAGAUUAACAUAGCAGAAGAGAAGCCUAAGAAGGUGGAAACAAAUGUAGCAGAAGAGAAGCCUAAGAAGGUGGAUGUAGCAGAACAUAAGCCCAAGAAGGUGGAGAUUUGUAUACCAGAACAGAAGCCUAAGAAAGUAGUGAGUGAAGUGAAAAAAGUUCAGCAAUUUAACAACAGAACAGCACCAGCUUCUUCGAUUGUGAAUAAACAACCUCCUCCUGUAAUAAAGAGAGCAACUCUUUAUCAAAAUCUUGCAAAGGCUGCUCGUAAUCCAUCAAUUCCAGUUGCUAAUGAAUACCAGAAUUUCAAAGAAACUCGUAGACAUAGCAAGCUUCAAAAUCUAGUGGAUCUAGUAAUGUGGAGAGACAUAUCAAGAUCUACAUUAGCCUUUGGAAUGGGUACAUUUAUCAUAAUCUCAUCCUCCUACACUAAAGACCUCAAUGUCAGUUUCAUUUCUGUGAUGUCCUAUCUGGGACUUGUUUAUCUUGCUACCAUUUUUCUGUAUAGAUCGCUUAUUUGCAGGGGAGUCAUAGAUAUAGAUGAUGAUGGAAGCUAUGUACUGGGUGAGGGUGAGGCGAUUUGGUUGUUAAAGUUGGUUCUGCCAUACUUGAAUGAGUGCUUGUUGAAAAUUAGAGCUCUCUUUUCUGGUGAUCCCGCAACUACAAUGAAGAUGGCAGUGUUGCUCUUUGUUUUUGCCAGGUGUGGCAGCUCCAUCACCAUUUGGAAGAUGGCAAGAUUGGGCUUUUUUGGAGUCUUCACUGUACCAAAAGUCUGCUCUUCCUACUCCACGCAGUUAACUGCUUACGGUAAAUUCUGGAUUCGACGAUUUCGCGAUGCUUGGGAAUCAUGCUCGCACAAGAAAGCCGUGGCCUUGUGCAUCUUCACCCUCGUAUGGAACCUCUCUUCAAUGGUGGCUCGCAUCUGGGCAGUGUUCAUGAUGUUCGUGGCCGUCCGAUAUUAUCAACAAACGAUGGAGAGAGAUGAUUGGGUGGUGGAGGAGGAGGAGGUGGAUACAGAAGCUGAUGGAACGUGGCAUGGAGACAUUGCAGAAGAAAGACAAGGGAGUGGUCCCACUUCGGCAGAAGUGAAUAAAGUGAAAAAGGGAUCCUAAGAAGAUUGGUGUGAUAUUGUAUUAAUUGAUGUGGUGUGAUACGAAAAUAACAAUAAUUAUUAUAAUAAUUAGUAUUAGUAUUAUUAUUUUGAUAUAGCUCAAUAUUUUACUGUAAAUAUGUUGCUUUUGGACAUGACUAACAAGCCUUGAUGGCAAGUUGGCAAAAAAUUAUCUUUCUUGGCUC